ACCUGGACCGAUGGAGUUACCAAGUCCUAGCUAGUUGGCCGAGAUCGCCAGGUCAGGAGUCAGGAAGACCAAGUUCAGAUGUGGCCUCGCCCCUCUUUGCCCGAGUGUCCUCCUCUGUAAAAUGGGAUAAUAGCAGCGCCUACCUCCUGUGUCUGCUGUGAGGAGCAAACGAGCUCUGCCUGACACUCUGCCCUUCCCUGAGAAGUACAUUCUGGAAGUAGGAAUGGCCCCCAUGCUCCUGACAGCCAGGACCCCCCAGGGGCCAGUGACCUUCCAGGAUGUGGCAGUGGUCUUCACGCGAGAGGAGUGGCAUUACCUGGACCUUUCUCAGAAGGAGCUGUACCGAGAUGUGAUGCUGGAGAACUAUAGAAACCUUCUUUACCUGGGACUUGUCGUUUCCAAGCCAGAUGUGAUUUGCCAGUUUGAACAAGGAGAAGCUCUCUGGAGGCCAGACAGGAGAGUCCCAGGAAGCUUCUGCCCAGAUGGGGACACUGGGCCUGAAUGCAAGGAGUCAGUUCCAAAGCAGAACAUUUCUGUGGAGCCUUCAUCCCCAAACAGACUCACAAGCUCUGGUCUUUGUGUCGUCAACCUGAAAGAACCCUGGGCAUUUGAUGUCAGGCUAGGGGAACAGAAGAACAUUGAAGAGAAAAAUUCCCAGGAAGAAAAGAAAACUUUCAAACAAAUGAUAAUCAGCGAAUGUAAUAAAUAUAGCCAAAGCUUCAAUCUAGAACCAAAACUUUUUCCACAAGAAGUAUCUAUAGAAAAGAAUCUUUACAGAUGUAAUGUUCACAGAAAGAGCUUCAUUCUGUCUUCAGACUCAAGGAAAUAUAAUAGAAUUUGCCCAAAGGAGACAUUUUCUCAGUAUGAUGAAUGUGGGAAAUACUUUGACUCUAAAUUAGAUUUUAUUGAAUAUCAUAGACUGUAUCCUGGAGAGAAACCUAAUGAUUAUAAUGAACAUGGAAAAGCCAUCAAUCUCAGUACAUUUACUCAUUCCUAUCAGUCAAUUGAUGUUGGAGAGAAAAUCCCUAAAUGCAGUAAGUUUGAAGAGGCUUCCCCCCAAACUAUAAAACUUAUUGAACAGAGAAUUCACACUGAAGAAAAACCUUAUGAAUGUAAUGACUGUGGGAAGGCCUUCCGCCUGAAGGAGUCCCUUCUUCAACAUCAGAGAAUUCAUACUGGAGAGAAACCUCACAAGUGUAAUGACUGUGGGAAGGCCUUCAGCCAAAGAGGACAUCUUACUCUACAUCAGAGAAUUCAUACUGGAGAAAAACCUUAUAAAUGUAAAGACUGUGGAAAGGCCUUCCGACUGAGAGAUCCACUUAUUCAGCAUCAGCGAAUUCAUACUGGAGAGAAGCCUCAUAAAUGUAAUGAAUGUGGAAAGGCUUUCUCUGUGAAGACAGAUCUUACCAGACAUCAGAGAAUUCAUACUGGAGAAAAGCCUUAUGAGUGUAAUGAAUGUGGAAAGGCAUUCCGUGUGAGGGCAGAGCUUACUCGACAUCAGAGAGUUCACACUGGAGAAAAACCUUAUGAAUGUAAUCAAUGUGGGAAGGCCUUUCGCCUGAGCAAAGACCGUACCCGCCAUCAGAGAAUUCAUACUGGAGAGAAACCUUAUGAAUGUAAUGAUUGUGGGAAGGCCUUCUGCCGGAGAGAACCUCUCAUACAACAUCAGAGAAUUCAUACUGGAGAGAAACCUCAUAAAUGUAGUGAAUGUGGGAAGGCCUUUGGCCUCAGAAGACAGCUUAUGGAACAUCAGAGAAUUCAUAGUGGAGAAAAGCCUCAUAAAUGUAAUGAAUGUGGGAAGGCUUUCUUUGUGAGGACAGAUCUUACCAGACAUCAGAGAAUCCAUACUGGGGAAAAACCUUAUGAAUGUAAUGAAUGUCAAAAAGCCUUCCAUGUGAAAACAGAGCUUACUAGACAUCAGAGACUUCAUACUGGAGAAAAACCAUAUGAAUGUAAUCAUUGUGGGAAGACCUUCCGCCUGAGCAAAGAAUGUAGCCGACAUCAGAGAAUUCAUACUGGUGACAAACCUUACAAGUGUAAUCAGUGUGGGAAGGCCUUCUGUGUGAAGACAGAGCUUACACUCCAUCAGAGAAUUCAUACUGGAGAGAAACCUUAUAAAUGUAGUCAAUGUGGGAAGGCCUUCCGCCUAAGCACACAGCUUACUCAACAUCAGAGAAUUCAUACUGGAGAGAAACCUUAUAAAUGUAAUCAGUGUGGGAAGACAUUUCGCCUGAGUACACAGCUUACCCAGCAUCAGAGAAUUCACAUUGGAAAGGAGCUUUAUGAAUGCCAUAACUGUGGAAAGUUCGGACACGUGAAAAAGGAACCCGUGGUGGCUCGAGUGACGCUGGGCCAGCCCUUGUUAUGA